AUGGUUGAGGUAUCACUAACAGUAGGUAAACUUGAUGCUUCUUUGGCACUUUUGCUAACCAAAGAUCAUCAUUUAAUUGAAUUUCCAACUAUUCUUUUACCAAAUGGAGUCAGAGCAGGGUCAAUCAUCAAAAUCAGAUGUGAUCAAGAUUUCGAUAGUGAAAAAGAAGAGGCAGAGAAAUUUACCAAAAUUCAGGAUGAGAUUUUACAAACAUUUGCUACAAAUUUGCCACAACCACCAAAUUUGAAAAUCAAGAACGUUACUCAAACCUCGUGUGUUUUAGAAUGGGAUAAACUAAACUUGGGCACCGCCACAUUGAAAAAUCUUAUUUUAUUCAAAGAUGGUAAAAAAUUAGGCUCAAUUCCUCAGCCAUUAAAUAAUCGAACCUCAAAAUUGUCUGGAUUGCCAAUUGACAAAUCUUUUAAAGUACAAUUACGUUUGGAUACCACUGCUGGUACUUUCUUGUCGAAUGAAAUUGAGGUAACAACCCACAAAAUGACUGAUUUGUCAGGAAUCACUGUGUGUCUUGGUGACCUUACGCCUAAUGAUCAAUUCAACAAGGAGGACAUUGAAGAGGCAUUGAAGAAUAUGGGGGCAAAAUAUCCAGUGCAACAACAAGUCAAAGUCGACACUACACAUUUCCUCUGUACUAGAGAAAACAAACAAAAUCCUGAAUAUGUGAAGGCAAAUGAUAUGAACAUUCCAAUCAUUAGACCAGAGUGGUUGAAAGCCUGUGAGAGAGAAAGAAGGAUAGUUGGUGUUAGAGACUUUUAUGUGAAAGAUUGUGUCUUACCCGACAUAUUUGCAAAAAACUAUUGGCAAAAGACAACUUCUCAGACCGCAGGUAAUUUUUCUGCUCAAAGUUUACCAAAGGAAUCACCAGCAGUGCCUGAUAAAGAGGGAUUACCAAAGACAGAUUUGAAUAAAGAACUGGUCAAGGACGAACCUACUGAAGUGGAUCAUGCCAAAGAGGAUUCUGUUACCCAAGAACCCGCUAUAGAGGAAAUUUCUGCAGUAGUUUCUGAGAAUAUCAUUACUCCAGAUAUCGCAAAUGAGGAAACAGAUAUUGUUGAGGGUGAAUCAACAAAAAUUGAACUGGUACCAACCGAUGAAAUAGACACCAAAGUUGAAUCUACUCCUGUUGCGGUUGAAACCGAAGAUGUCGUUGCAGAAUCUCCAGCUGACCAAGACGCAGCUGUAACACUAGAACCAACCUCAGUGGAUGACCAAGAGCUUCACCAAUCAGAUGAAACAUUGAAACAGGUCAAUGACGGCCAACAAGAGAUUGACGUAGGAGAUGCAACAGAACAACCAGAAAAGGAGGAAAUUGAUGACAUUAGAGAGCAAGUGAAUAGUACUGUCAAUAAUACCGAGAGACAAGAAACUGCAACAGAUGAUGCUUUUGAUACAGUUCCACUUGAGGGAGAUGAAAACAUUGCAACUGCUGCAAAAGAAACUGAGCCAACAUCUACAGAACCAACAGAGUCCGUGAAUGUUACUAAUGUUAACAACUCCGCAAGUGAAGAAGCUGGAAAAGACGACAAUGAUGACGAAGAUGAUGAGGAUGAGGAUGCAGACAAUGAAGGGAAAUCUAAUAAAACUUCUGAACAGUCAUCAGAAGGAAGUGCAACUGGUUCACCAUCCAAGAAGAAAAAUAAAAAGAAAAAGAAGAAUAAUAAGAAAAAGUAA